CGAGGUCAAGUCAUCUAUUACAGCAGUGCCUGGGGAGGAUGCCAUCGCAAAAUAAGGAGGCAACGCGCACGGAAAACGAGUAAUGUGAAAAUUCAGUAAGAAAGAGACACACACGAUUGUAACAUUCAUAAUGUGGAUUUUAGCGGCCAUCGUUCUUUUGACCAUACAACAAUCAGUCUGGGCAGCUUAUCCUUUCACGUUUUCUAAAAGAGAGUGCAGAGAUCUAUUUCCAGAGAGAGUAGGAAAAGAUUCACUAACUGAAGAACCCCAUCACCAUGAUUCCCCAUUUACAAUCGAACCGUCUGAAACUAUACACGGAAUUAAGCUGGGAGGCAUUCAAGUUUUGGUAAAGUCAAAUGACAAGUGGCGGAUCCAAGGGAUAAUGAUGCAGGCACGGGUAGUUGGCAACUGUAGUAAUCCAAAACAGCAACAACCGGUGGGGCAUUUCGAGACCCCAGAGAACCAUGCCUACCUCAGGGCAGCAAAUUGUUCGGAUCAUCCAUUCGAAACUGUGACUCAUAAGGUGUACCCAAUGGACACUGAUACCCUCAGAAUAAGAUGGUUUCCACCAGAAAAUACGACUGCUGAGAUAUACUUUGUGGCAACAAUUGUGUCUCAGAGAGACAAAUUCUGGACAGGAAUAUUCAGUCACACCGUUAGACAUAAGGACAAACAGCUUACACCCGGCCACCCACAAUGUUCCAUGCGCAGGAAAUACGUCAUUACAACCAAACCGUCAUCACAAAGCAGCAGGGGUCAUAUUCUUCAUUCCAACAAUCUGUUUAUCUGCAACUUACUGGUUGUCCUUCUCUGUGCGAUGUAUGAAGAUUAAAAAAAACAUUGUUAUUAAGUAUUAAAAGGCCUGGAGCACGACACGUCUAAAUCACCGGUGUUUCAAAUCACAGAAGAAUAUCAAUGUUCAAUGUUAGAAGAAUAUACAAUGUACAAAAUAAUGUUCAAUGUUGUUUGUGGGAUUUCUUUGCUAUUUAAAAAAUAUGGAGCGCCAAAUUAACGUAAACUCAAAUAAUUGAAGAUAUCUUCAAUUAUUUGAAGAUACCAUCAAUUCAAUUAUUGCUCACUUUAAUUGAAUUAAUGCGCGCAUUU